ACUAUAAACUAUACUAUGGUUAGAUUUUUGGUGCUCGCGUAGCGCGUUGUUUACCAGUAGAAAAGUGAUUGCAAAUAUCACCAAAACUGUCAAACUUAUUCUAGUGUACAAUUCAUGAACUCUGGAUGUUUAAUGCGCGACCAAAUGCUCCGUUUAGGGCUCCAAGACUAUUGAAUUCAAAUGAUCGCGACUUAUCAUCGCAGCAAACCCCGAGUUCGAGUUCGCAGUUACGUAAUUCCCAGAUAACGAACAAGAGAAGAAUUCUCUCAACGGCUAAUGGUUUGAAUCUGAUAAAGAAACCUAAGAGUGAUAUAGAGUUACCUCAAAAUGUGCAAGAACCCUCGUCCAAACUUCGAUAUACUGUUCAAUGGAGAAAAAGAACCAAUAAGAAGAAUAAAACAUGGGAUGGUGAUGGGUAUAUAGUUGUGCUAAAGGUCAAUCCUUCAAGCUAUACCAUAAGUUUUAAAAGUUUAGAGAACAAUAUGUCCAUGAAGAAAUCGUUCUCCAACAUUGAUGAUUUUGAUGCCUUUUUGACUUCGACUAUAUCAAUAGGGCAAAUUGAAUUUGAAAUCGAUUAUAAGAUAACUUCUGAUGCUGAAUUUAGAAGUUUUAUUGGUGAGGACAGUGGAACAUCUCCAGAGCCUUCCAGUAAGCCUGAACCAAUAAUUAAUUUAGUACAUCUGACUAAGUUUAAAUCUGUUAUACCAGCUCCUAGUACUAAGGUGUCGGAAGUUGAGGUUCUUCCAGAGCCUACGGAAGUUUCUACCAACUUCAUCGAACAAUCUGGUAUCUCGGAUUCAAUAAUCUUACCUAGACCUCCCAAUUCUGAAAGUAAAGAUAUUAUAGAUGUGAUUAUAGAUCCACAAUUAGCAUUAAAAUUAAGGCCUCAUCAAGUCGAAGCAGUCAAGUUUCUCUAUGAGUGUGUAAUGGGAUUUAAAGACUUUAAGGGAAAUGGUGGAUUACUAGCUGAUGAAAUGGGGUUAGGUAAAACUUUAACUACCAUAUCUUUAAUAUGGACCCUAUAUAAGCAGAAUCCUUUCAAAAAUCAGACCAAACCCAUUAUUAAAAAGGUGCUUGUUUGUUGUCCGGCUACGCUUAUAAAUAAUUGGAGAAAUGAGUUUAAGAAAUGGUUGGGAUUGAAUAAAAUAGGAAUUCUUGAUUUCAAUUCUUUAAAUGUCAAUACGGAAAAGGAGAAACAGAAUAUUAUAAGUUUUGGAAAAUACAAUAUUUACAAUGUAUUAAUCAUAAAUUACGAAAAGAUAUCAACCCAUAUCAAGGAACUAUCCACUGUUAAAUUUGACUUAUUAAUUUGUGAUGAAGGUCAUAAAUUAAAGAACAAUUCUGGUAAGGUAUUAAAGAAUUUGAAAAUCUUAGAUAUCCCGAAACGUGUUUUAUUAACUGGAACUCCAAUUCAAAAUAACUUGACUGAAUUUCAUACUGUAAUUGACUUUGUUAACCCAGGAAUUUUGGGAGAUUAUAAAACUUUCCAGAAGAAUUAUCUACUCCCAAUUCAGAAAGCUCGUGAGAUAAAUUGUUUGGAUCCAGCUGUUAAGAAGAAAGGUAGAGAAUUAUCUGAUCAAUUAAUUUUGUUAACAAAGAUGUUUACUCUUAGAAGAACUCAAUCAAUUCUUGAUAACUAUCUAACAAUUAAAACUGACAUUAUUUUAUUUGUUAAACCUACAAAGUUACAACAAAGCUUAUUCCAUCACAUUUUGCAUGCAAAAGGAUUUAAUCAAUUACUUUCAGAUUCUCAAGAAAAUUCCAAUACUUCCUUAGCAUUAAUAAAUACAUUUAGGAAGAUUUGUAAUUCACCCUUAUUAUUACGAAAUGAUGAAUUCUUUAAUAGAUUAAAGGCUGAAAAUAAUCAGUUAGCAGAAUUAAAGCUUGAUAGAUUAUCUGGUAAAAUUAAUAUACUUAUACCUUUGAUGCUUGAGAUAAUAAAAGCAGAUGAAAAGAUAGUAUUGAUUUCAAACUUUACUCAAACUCUUGACUUAUUAGAAAAUGAAAUCUUAAACCCAUUAAACAUAGUCUUUUUAAGAUUAGAUGGUUCAACACCUAAACAAACUAGAAAUAAACUUAUUAAUGAAUUCAAUAGAUCUUCUACCAUUCCUGUUUUCUUAUUAUCAUCUAAAUCAGGUGGAAUGGGUAUAAAUCUAGUAGGAGCAUCUAGACUUAUUCUAUUUGAUAAUGAUUGGAAUCCUGCAGUAGAUUUACAAUCAAUGGCUCGUAUUCAUAGAGAUGGACAAGAAAAGCCCUGCUUCAUCUAUAGAAUCUUAACUACAGGUUGUAUUGAUGAAAAGAUUUUCCAACGUCAAAUAAUGAAGAAUAACUUGAGUUCCAAAUUCUUAGACAAUGAUUCUAAAUCUGUCAAUGAUGUGUUUGAUGCUGAGGAUCUUCGGAACUUAUUUGAAAUCGAUACAGAAACUUCAUCCAACACUCAUGAUUUAAUCGAAUGUGAAUGCAUUGGAGAUGGAAGUUAUCAAUAUGAUUCUCAAGAAGCUGAUGAUGAAGAAGAAGGAUCAUUCAAUGAAGAAAAUGAAGUUCCUCAAAGUCAGUAUAUGUCAGCAUUAGAAUUACAUCAAAGAGUUGGUGAUAAUGUUAAUGUUGCGAAAAAACGAAUAAUAAGAAAUACUUUGAGCCAUUACAAACAUAUUGAUCCUAAACAGAAUAACUUACAAGUUAAUGAUAAGAUACUAAAACGUAUUAUCAAGAAGAAGAACGGUUAUUCACCCGAUGGGAAUGAAUUUCCCUUGGCUUAUAUCAUGUCAAAGACCACCGAGUCUUCAGAAGAUUUAGAUUUAGAUAAAGAUUUACAAUUAGACAAUCUGCCUCGCGCUACUAUUCAAGAAUAGACUCAAUUCUAUAGAUUAUUAAAAUGC